GCCAACAUGGCGGGGUUACAAACCGAAACGGACAUCAACCAAAAACGAUUGAGAGCGGACUAAAACGAGAAACCGUGCCGAAAUCAAAAUGGAUUCUGUGGUCGGCGAUGACCCUACAUUACCAGUGGACUUUGAGGAAAGUGCCAACAUGGCAGGCCUGCCAGAUGUGACCACUGGACCAGACAUUACUGCGGCGAAUUUCAGUGAUCACUUCCCUGAUGGAAACAUGCCAGCCAUCCAAAAAAUCAGCAGUGGCAGAAUGUCUCCUAUCAGAGCGCACACCAUGAAGGAUUAUGAGCAGCAAAUCUCGGAGCUGAAGAAGGAGAAUUUCAGUCUCAAGUUGAGAAUCUACUUCAUGGAGGAGAGAAUUGAGCAGAACUUUGAUGACGACACCAAGACGAAUAUUGAGCUGAAAGUGGAGAUUGAAAGUUUAAAGAAAGACCUGAUGGAAAAACAACAGCUUCUUAUCAAAGCAUCGAAUGCAGUGGAGAGUCUCGCCCACGAAAAGGAGGGACUGACAGACAGGCUGAGGCAAGAGAACAACCAGGCACUGACGCAUCAGAGGGAACGGCUGGAGCUAGCGUUGCAACAAUCGCAACAGGAAUGUGAGUCAGUGAAGCGAGCCAAUGAGAUCCUUCAGAAGCGUCUGUCUGAGACCAAGAAGCAACCAGCUCAAGAAGACAAGGGUCAAGAUACCAGAGACAUGCAGGUAGCUCAUCAACAGGCCAUGCAGGAAAAAGACAGGGAGAUUGAUGAUCUGAAUGCCGCUGUGAAGAUGAAGGAAGCCAUGAUCGCUCAACUGGAGGCAGAGAAACAGUACGCUGUGGAUGAGAAGCUAGAUCCACUACAGCUAGAGGUCCAACAACUGCAGAGAACACUGGAGAAUAGGAACGCUCAACUGCAGGCAGUCAAAGAGGAUUUGGAUAAGGAGAAGGGAGAAGGACGAAACAGGGACAGACAAUAUGAGGAAGCAUUUAAGGAACAGGAACGACGCUUGAAGGACCUUGAGACGUCUUCAGAAAACAUGCAACAAGAGCUGAAGAACAAAGACAAAGAAGUCAAGGAUUUACAGAAUACUCUCAAGAAAGCUGAGAAGGAAAAGAAGGAUUUGGAAGAAGAGGCUGAUGAUAAGAACAAAGAAUUGAAGACGUUAGAGAGUAACACAAUGAAGCGAGACAAAGCAAUACAAGGACUGGCAGAAACCAUCAAGGCCAAAGAUAAAGAGAUUCGUCUGCUUUGUGAUCAAGCUGACGAUCGCGAGAACGCCCUCACACAGGCACGCGAGGCCAUGCACAAAGCGCAGAGGAACAAAUACGAGGGGAUGGAGCAGUACCAAGCUGCCAUGGUUGAUAUGGAGGGCAAGCUAGCUGAGCAGAAAGCAAACCUGCACAGCAAACAGCGGGAGAAUGAGCGGCUGCAAAAAACCCUCGCGAGGAAGCAACAGGAGCUGGACGGACUGAGGCAUGAUGGGAAUGAAGCGGAGCAGCAUCUGAACGACCUGCUAGAGCAGCGAGAACUCACCAUCAAGGAGUUGAAAGGUCAGUUACAGGAUGCUAAGCUGAACACCGAUGAUAAAGUGGAUGCCAUUGAACAGCACUAUCAGGGUUUAUUGGAAGAUGGCCAGCAACAGCUGCAGAAUAAAGACAAGAUCAUCCAGCGAUUGACCAAAGGUGUACAGGACAAAGACAGACUGGUCAAGGAAUAUAUGGAACUUGCCCGAGAUGCCAAUAAACCAACUCAUGAUGAUAAUGGCGGUAAUAGUACGUUGAUACAAACGUUACGGGAGCGACUCAAUCAACGGGAUAAAGCUGUGGAGGAAGCCCUUGAGGAGAAGUUACAGGCAGAAGCAGCUAAGGAAGGUGAGGUGCGUCAGUUGAGAGCAUCCCUGAGAGACAGAGACAGGGAACUGGAGAAGGCUCACAGUGACAACCUGGCCAACCAAGACAAAAUCAAUCAAUUACAGAGCAAUUUGAAAGAGAAAGAAGCAAAGACCAGACAACUAGAAGAAGCUAUAGAAGCAGACAAGCAGGCACACAAGGAUGCUGAUGACAAUCAACGCCGUGCCCUCUCGGAGAGAGACAGCAUCGUCCAGAAGCUACGUCAGUCCCUGGAGACAAACGAGAACAUGCUCAAUGAGAUGCAGGUUGCUAAGCAACGGGAGAGUGGCGACGCAGCCAGGGAGCUAGACGAGAUCAUCGAGCAACUCAAGACGAGACUGCAGGACAAAGAUAAGUUGUUGGAGGAAGUCUUAGCUGAGAGAUCUCAGGCAGCCGUAGCCAAUGAGAAAGCAGCCCAGGAUCUGCUGGACACCAUCAAGGAUAAAGACAACCAAAUCAAGGAGCUUCAUGAGAGGCAGAACCGACUGACUGCCAACAAGAACAACGUCAUCAAGGAACUACAGAAGGAACUGAACGACAAGGAAUACAGCGUGCAGGCUGCAGAAGACACUUUGUGCCGAGCUGAACAGGAACAAGCCAUGCUACUCAGUAAGAUGAGGGCAGCUAUGGCCGAUAAAGAUAAAACUAUCCAGAAAUUGAUUGAGAGUGGUCGUGAGAAAGACCGUUUGUUCCAGGAGGUCCAGCAGUCAGCAUCCAGACAGAGUCCCAGCCCUACCAUGAUGGCCGAACUAGCCAACCUCAGAGACAAGAAUAACGAUUUCAAGAAGACUUUGCGCGAAAAAGAAGCUGCUUUGCGUGAGUUGCAGAGUGACCAGCCCGAUGCAGGAUUUAUGGAUUCACUCAGAACAGAGCUGGACAACAAGAACAAACUCCUGGCAAAAGCCAAAAACACAAUUGACUCUCUGCAGAGAGAGCAACAAGCAGAGAAACAAAACAAGCAAGAAAUGGGUAAGCUGCGUCGUCAGAUCAUUGAGCUAGAGAGUGAAGUGCAAGCAAAACAAGACCACAUCGAUGCGUUGGUACAUGCGGGCAAAGUCAAAGACAACAUCAUUAAGGAGAUUCGCUUGGAGCAGGCCAGUGUUCCCGUCAGAACUGCAGCGAUGGGUGGCGAAGAUGGAAGCAAUCAACUUCAGCAGAUCCUCCAGGAUCAGAUGCGUGAGCUGGGCCGACUCAGCGACGCCCUCCGCGCCGAGAGGCAGCUCUACGUCAACAUCACCCAGAGCGGCAGCGGGGAUAGAGAGGAUGGCUCCCAGCGACGGUCGUCUGACAGUCUGACCAUUGAGCUGGCCGCCGUGCAGGCGCUGAGACGACAACUUGAGGACGGUAUCAAGAGAAACGACGCUAUGAGGGAACAGCUUGAGCGACAGAUGAAUCAAGCAGAACACAGAGAUAUGUCUCCAAGGACUGCAGCUCAGCAAUCUAAGGAGAUGCAAACACUUCGACACAAGCUAGAAGACAGUAGCCGAUGGAACGCAUCCUUGCAGUCACGCCUGGAUGAGAUGAGACAGAGGGUUGGAGGAGUCGGUAGAGACCUAGACACGGAUCAAACCUCGGGUAACGAUGAUCAGACGUCUUCCCCGUCACAGACCAGUGAUUCAGGACAGGCAUCUAGACAGACAGUCCCGGAGCUCCAGCGAGAAGUUGCAAGGUUGAAGACACAGCUUCAGGGUUCUGAGCAGAGAAGGAUGUCUCUGGAGGAUGCCCUAGAUCGGCAAGACGUUGAGAGCCUUCGUAGCAUCCCUGGUCAAGAGGAGGACUCACCGUCGGUCACUCAGGCGAAUGCCUACCAGAAGAGGAUUCAAGAGUUGGAGAGAAUGCUGGCAGAGAGCGAGCAGCAGAAGCAGUCUGCUAAGCAACAGUUGGAAGCUUCUUUGCUGAAUCAGUCCAGAGGGGAGGAGGAAGAAGGACCAGUGGUUGCCAUCUUGAAGCAACAGCUGGACCAAGCCAAGACGUUACUCAGAGAGAAGGAUCAUCAGCUGCAGCAGAAGGAGCAACAGAAUCAGACAUUGAGGCAUCAUCUGGGUAUUGGGCCUGACUCUCCUAUCCAUCCAGGUCGGAGCAUGUUGGCUACCCUACAUCAAGAAAACUCAAGGCUGCAUCAGGAUGGUCAGGAUCUGGUGGAGAAGAACCAAGCGUUGGCUCGUCAACUGCAGUCACUGCAGUCACAUUUCAACCAGCUUCAACAGGUCAACUCUGCUCUGCAGCAUCAAUUGGAGAAUCCCCCGGACACCAGGUCUUCACAAGAAGACCAUUUGGUUCCUGUCCUGAAAAACCAACUGGAUCAAGCAAAAGCACUGAUCCAAGAAAAGGACCGGCAGAACCAAAUCAUGAGAGAGAUUCUAAGAAUCAGUCCAGACACUCCUGUCGAGGAAGGCAAGGAAUUCAUUGAUAAAUUGCAAAAACGGAACCAGCACUUGAAGUCCAAGUUAAACCAGGCCCUCCAAGGGAUAGAAAAUAUGAGAGCCGAGCUGGAGUCGGUCAGUAGGGAGCUUGAACAUUUGAAGCAAGCCACUCCUAGGAGCAUCAACCCAGAGAUCAGCAGACUCCAGAAACAACUACGAAAUGCACAGAAUCUAAAUGAACUCCUGAAGAAGCAUAUAGAUUUGAACAGCUCCCAGGAUUCUGAUCAGCCGCAAUUCAAUCCGGAGCUGAUUGUAGACAUGGCCAAGGAGAUUGAACGACUCCAGGAUCAGCUGAAAGAAGCUCAAGACAAGCUCCAAGAUGCUGGGCAGACACAAUUAGACAAGGGGAGGAGUAUCAUGAAGGCUUCCUCUAGUGAUAUCAGUGCUCUCAAAGCCUUACGGCAGGAGCUUCAGCGAUCACAGACAGAGCUUGAUGAGUUGAAACGUAAAUAUCGGACACUGCAAGUCAAGCUCCAGGCCACAGAGGGGACAGUACAUCACCAAGCCGACCGCAUCAACCGUUAUCGUAGAGAGAUGCAUAAUGCUGGCUUGGCCCCACCAUCAACUCCUAAAAGAGUCCACAGUGACUCCAAUCUCUUACACAGCAGUACUUCCUUAGUCAGUCCACGUAGGAUGUCAGGUAUUAGCCUUGGGAUGUUUGAAGCGAGUGAGAGUUCCACAUCAAGUCCUUGUCCAUCAGAGAGAGGUGGUCUAGAUGAGGUAUCAUUCAGUGAAUUUGGGAAUACAAACAAUGUGGAUGACCUCAAAGAGCAAAUCGCUCUGCUGAAAAACCAAGUUGACCGUUACAAGCGCAUCAUAAGGCACCUCCAGAGGCGACUUCGGAGUGAGGAACGCUCGCGGAGUCCCAACCGAGCACCAAGUCCAAUGAGCGAGAGCAGCUCCAGUGGGUGGUUUGAACUCACGGCCAACCAGGACGCCUUUGAGCGACUCAAGCAGGAGGUGGAAAACCUGCAAGCGCAGCUCCAGGAAACGCACGAUGCCAACGGGACUCUGAAGAACAUGAACAACCAGCUGCAAGAGCAGCUGCAGGUUAUUGAUGCCGCGACAGCUUCUAGAGGGCGCUGUAUCAGCGAUGAGAUGUUGAGAACGCAAGGAGAAGAGACGGAGCUUCUCAAGAAGCAGUUACAUGACUCCCAAGGGGUGUGCGAAUCGCUGAAGUCCAUGUUGAAUGAGGCCGUGACUGCAAUGGAGGAAGUGAUGGAUAAACAUGGGAAGGAUUCUGAGAAGGGUAGCGACAUCUCGCCGAGCAAGAUCAACCGUGUCCAGUAUAAGAUGCAGAAGAGUAGAGACCUGGCAGAGAAGCUCAAUAGAGUGCUAGAAGAACCUAUUCAAGGUUCAAAGGUGUCCUUCGUUGAUGUCGGCACAAGACCACUUUAUCUUGACAGCCUUGAGGCCAAAGACAAAGAAAUCUCUCGCCUGAAGAAAGAGUUGAAAGAUCGGAAGCAACUGAACCACAAAUUACGAGAUCUACUGACGGACAACCAGAGAGUGGCAGAGGAAACAAGAGAAGAUCUGCAGAGGUUAUCAAAAGAGGUCGAAGAGAAGAACGAGAAGAUUUCUGAGCUUCACAGUCAACUGCGAGACUCCAUCAGAGCCUCUGCUCAAAGAGCGCCCCCUAGCGACACGCAGCAUCCCACGGAGGUACCAGGUGCAAGACGCAGCGGUCCCAGACAGGGCCUGUUUGAGUUUGACGAGGGCGACGUUGACUUCCCCGAUUUCGGACAGCCGAGCGGUUCCCGGGAGCGUGAGACGCGGGGUUCGGCAGCCGGCCAAUCAGAACCAAUCUCAUCAACUCAGAGAACCCCCACAGUCUCUCGAACCGUCGCGGCGUCAACGCAAACCUCGACCUAUCCACCAGUCAGCCUUGAAGACACCACAUCAGAGCUCGCGCGGAUGCGAUCUAAACUCCGCGACGUGGAGAGGCUCAACUCGGCCCUUCGAGCCGAGCUGGAGAUUUACAAGUCGGUGAUAAGUGACGGCGACAUUGGGAAGGGUACAGGACGAGGAGAUGGCAAGCAGGAUCCAAACGACAUCUUGAAGGAGCAUCUGGAAGAGUUGAGACAGCUCAGGAAGAAACUGGAGGAGUCGAUCAGAGUGAAUGAUCGACUGAGAGAGCAGCUAGAAGCAAGGCUGGCUGGCAUGGGACAACAAGAAGGCGUAACCAUCGUUCACCUAGAACAAACAAACAUAGAGCUCACAGAACGAAACAACUCACUGAAGAUGAAGUUAACUGAGAAGGAACGUACCAUUAGAGACUUGAGGGGUGAGCUCCAGAGGGCCGCCUCACUCAGGGUUGAGCUGGACGAGAAGGACCGUACCAUUCAGGACCUGAGGGGUGACCUGCAGCAGGCGAACUCACUGAAAGUUGAGCUCACGGAGAAGGACGCUACCAUUCUCGAUCUGAGGGACGAGUUGCGACGGGCUAGUACACUGAGGUCGCAGUUGUCAGAGAAAGACCGUACCAUUCAGGACUUGAGGGGUGAACUCAAUCAAGUUCGAUCCUCAAGAGUUGACGAUACUGAGAAAGACCGUACCAUUAGAGAGCUGAGGGGUGAUCUGAAGUUAGCCAAAAGAGAAGCACAAAGACACCAAGCUGAGAAUCAACGGCUGAGAGACCAGAUAGAGGAGAACACUCACCUAGCCGAGUCACUGAGAUUUGAGUUGAGUGUCUACGAGCACUUACAUACCAAAGAUGAUUCCAGUAGGACUAGUCUGGGAGGCGCAAGUCCUAGACUCCCCUCCAUGAAGGACCAGACCACUGGGCUGGAUCUGUCGGAUCUCCUCAAGGAGAUGAGACAUCUACGCAUCCAACUCGAGCGCAGUAUCGACACCAACAACGCCUUGAGGCUAAGACUAGAAGAAAUGAUGAAGACCACGUCACCCAAAGACCCUCACAAGACAUCCCUGACAACUGUCACCAUGACGACUGUAUCCGAGAGAGACUCGUGGACUCUGGCGGACGGCGUUGGCAGGACGCAGGCUGGGAGGACUUUCACUCCGAGGCAGUUAUUCAAUGGUGAUGCUUCCAGGCGUCAUGUAGCCUGUCAGACAUCAUUGUCAAGCCAGGCUACCUCUCCCCUGUACCCAACUGACGGCAUGCUACAAGAUGAGGAAUAUUACUCAAUACCAGGUGUUGCACCUUUACGAAAUCACCAUACCAACUCGGCCUCUGACAAGACUAGCCAACACUACGGCGAAACCACUCGAUCAGACGAGGGCAGCGAGGGCGACAUUCACGUCAUUGGCACAGUGCCAACCUACGAGACGCUGCGCGAGAACCUCCACGACGGGAGAAUCAUCGUCAAUCUGAUCGAGACGCGACUGACAGAGAUGAUCAGGUCCCAUCCAGAGUCCACCAAAGAUCUGCAAGCCCUGUCCAAGGAGGUUCACAACCUGAAAUCUCACCUGGAUCGGUGCAAUCACCAGCUGGCGCGGUUCUGGAAGGGACAUCUACCCCAGGGGGACCAGGUAGCCAGGCUGAGGCGACGACUCAAAGCCCAGGAUGAUCUGAUGAAGGAGGCCCUCCAGAGGCUGUCCACGUCCAAUCGACUCAAGGAGGACAUGGAGUUGGCUCUGAUCCAACAAUUAUCCCAGACACAUGACGUAUUGCGACAAGCAAGGGGAAAUUUAGAGGCUCAGUCAACGACUAGCUCAUCCACACCUCCACGCUGAGACAAUGUAACCUGCCCUCCAAGUCAACACUUGAGUUGUGGUGCAAAACGAAAACACAAAACUACUAAAAUAAACAGCGGCAAAUGGUUUGACUUAAAAGCACCUUCCAAAGUUAACUGUGUCCAAAGAAGCGUAAAUUCUGUAUUUUGUUAAUUUUCAUUUUUUUUUGAAAAUGUGCAUAGAAACAAAUUUAUUUUCAGAAGCUUCAUCUUACUGUCAGUAGAAUAAUCUUGCCACAUGUUGAUUUUAACGUUGAUUUUUAAAAGUAAUUUAGCUUUUAGUUUACCUGUACCUUUUCAGGAAAUGGAAAUUCUUUUUUAAAUUUCUUUUUUUUUUUUGGAUACAUUUUUCAUGUCUGGAAGUAAUAAACUGAAAUUUUACUUGAAGUUGCUCUCCCCGAGCUCUUCAACAAAUUCAGUUUUUUCUGUUAACCAGUUCGUGUCGGAUGACGUGUUAACACGAUCUGGCUGUCUUUAUACACAGGCAAGGCUGAUUGGUUAAAACGUCAAGCAUGCCUCGACUUGCUUCCGGGCGACGUCUAAACACACUUUCCCCCAUUUGUUUUGUAAACACACACCAAGUCCGAGAAGUCUGUGGAAGUGGACCGUGUGUUGAACUUGAACAAGGCCGCUGUGCACGGCCUGUUGUGGUACAAUUUACGCUCCGUGGGCACACCCCGGAGUGUUGAAAAAUAUGAGGUUGCGCUAAGAAAUAUCGUACAAAUGCUGUUGAAAUGACUCUUGCGAAUCAGUAUUUGUGGCGUUUGGCUGUAUAUCAAAAGUUGGCUGCUAUAUUUUGCCUUUUUUGAAAAUCAAAAUUUUCUGCAAAAAUAAUCCCGGCGCGAACUGGCUAAUAAAUGUUCAACUUGUAUACUUUGUUUUGACCAAAACAACUCUCUGCCAAAAAAAAAAGGGUUUUGGGGGGCACAGAUAGGUCCUCGUGAGCAGACAGGAUCCCAGACUGCACAUCAUCAGUGUUGAUUGUGGAGCGGGAACCAGCCUACCCUGCGAGAACGGAAUUAUUGUCGGGCCGCAGGUAAUUCAAAAUUAGUGAAGUAAUUCAUUCAAUAACUAAACAUGGGGCGGUUUUUGUUCCGUCCAAGUCUCUUUCAAAAGUGAAUAACUUAAGUACUGCUAGA